AUGGAACUUCGAUUGGGUUGUGAUUUCGGAAAGUCUUCAGUUCUAAAGUUGUUCGCUACUAUUUUGGAGUCUGAACUAGGAAAAGUUGCUUCGUUUAUUACUGUGUUAGAAGGUGCUGCAAGAUUAGCUUAUAUGGUUUUUCCAUUGGCUAUAAGUGUUGCCCAUGAUGGGCGUCGUAAUGGGUGGCUCAAUUUGUCUUUGUCUCCCUGGUCAACGACUUUACCCUUUCCUUUGUCGUUCAGAGCUACAUCAGAUUUGUUAGACGACACUGGUGAUCUAGUCCUAGCUACCUGUCCUCAACCAUAUCCCUUGGAUUCAUUGUAUUUUUUUCUUGUCUGCCCAAGGCAUCUCCCUGAUUGGCAACAUGAAUUCGAUGUUUCCAUAUUUGAAUUUAACAUUGAAGCACUCUUUCAAGAUGCACUCUUCCGUGUCGUCACUCCCUCGGUUCAGUUCUUACCUUAUGAGGUAAGUUUUGAUUUGGUCAUUCACAUCUCCGACGUGGAAUACUUCCUUCGUGAACCUUUCGAUGUAGGCUCGCAAAGUGGUGGCUUCUCUAACUACUUGGGAAUUAGGCGGUCCUUGAUCUUGUUGGAAAAGGCAUUUUGGUGUCGCCCUUCAUUGUUAAAGCUGAAUACGUCUAAGGAGCUCUCUCGAAAGCUGCGUCGACGGAAGUUUUCCGGUACAGAAGAGUGUUCCGGAAAACUUAUUUUUGACAUAUCCGUGGGUGCACGAGGAAGAGACGGCAAAAUCAUACGAAUUACACGGGACACUGAGACUUCUACAUCGACUCCGAUGAAUCCCCCAGAGAGGAUUCGACCGACAGCUUCAAGGAGAAGAAGACGUAUGAUUAUUGAAGAUGAUGAUGAGGGACAUAAUGAUCAGGGGGAGCCUUCUACAGUGCAUGAGGAAGAUGUGGUACAUGAGCAUAUGGUGCACGAGCAGGUGGAUGUACAUGAGCAGGAGGAGGCUGCACCUGCUCAUGAGGGAGAGCAUAUGGAGGAGGAACAUGAUGGAGCUGAGGGACCUGGUGAGCUCACACGGUAUCCUGGAGGACCUUAUGAUUUGUAUGUCCUUACACGAUACCGUUAUCAUGUUUCAGCUAGACUAUGGUUUGGCGAGGAGCGACCAUUGCUGAAAAUUGUUGCGCAUGGGAAGAAAAUGCAACAAUUUACUCCGCCGGUACUUCCGCGACCCAUAGAGAAUUGGGUGAAUUUGUCUGGUCUGAACCCAUUACAACGGGGUAGUUUGAAGAUGAUCGACAACAACUUGAUAUCUGCCUUUGUUGAAAGAUGGCAUUCUGAGACAUCGUCAUUUCACAUGCCAUUUGGUGAAAUGACGAUUACUUUGGAUGAUGUUGCCAAUCUUCUCGGAUUGCCUAUUAGGGGUGAGUUCUACAGUCCACCCGAUGUAGAUAGAGUAACAGCAUGUAAUCUUGCCGUCCAUCUAUUAGGAGUGACCACGGAAGAGAUCUGGGAGGAGACCAGAAAGACUAGAGGUGCACACUAUAGAUUGGAUUGGUUGAAGGAGGUGUUCAGAAGGCAGUGUGCAGCAGAGAGGUUUGACUGUGCUGCUAGGGCAUAUCUGUUGAAUUUAGUCGGGAGUACUAUUUUCGCUGAUAAGAGUCAUACUCUAGUUGAUGCGAAGUACCUCCCUUUAUUCAGAUAUUUAGAUGGUAUAGAUAGAUAUGCAUGGGGUACUGCUGCACUAGUGGUGCUUUAUGACUACCUCUCAGAUGCCUGCUAUUAUGACACCAAACAGCUAGGUGGAUACAUGACGUUGCUUCAGUGCUGGAUUUACGAAUAUUUUCCGAAUAUUUGUAAUAGAGGUGAUCAGGGUGCUGACGUGGAAUGUUUUGCCCGAAUGAAUAGAUGGUGCUAUAAGCAAGGCAAGCAUAAGGUCCACGAAUACAGAAGUAUUAUUGAUGCAUUGACACCUGCAGAUGUUAUAUGGAGACCAUGGGAGAAUCACAGGGGUGUCAUUCCUUUUGAUGAUAUCACACUUUAUACUGGUCACAUUCGAUUAUGCAGCACUGUAGCGAAAUAUCUACCAGAGAGGUGUUUGAGACAAUUCGGAUAUAUCCAGUAUAUUCCUUCACCGCCACUUCCAGAUCCUGCUAGAUUAUUUGAUGUAGAUGUGGAAUGGUUGGGAUAUGUGACGCCAGUGACAGAGCUAUUUCCCAAGCUUCGUCCAGCUACAUAUCCAUCUGAGUGUGAAGAUGGAUAUUUGGAGUGGUUCUAUCAGGUGUCUCAUCCACUGCUGGUGCGACCAGAUGGUGUACCUCAGGUCCCACGUUAUAGUGUACCGCCCACCAGUGCAGAUGCUUCUAGUUCACAGCCGCCACCUAUCCUACAGCAGAUCGGUGAUCUUAUACAGCAGGGGUUGAGUGAACAUCAAGCUAGUCCAGAUGAUGAGUUGUAUAGGCACUUUUAUAAAGCUUUGUAUUUAUCACGUAGUCGCACUAGUUAGUAGUAACACUUUUGUAACUGUUGUUAUGUAGGUUAUUUUAUGAACACUUUUGAUGAA